UCAGAAAACUUUACCUACUGACAGAGACGCUACGCUUGCAAUGGCAAUAUUAACAGAUAAAGUCUUGAAAAAAUAUAUACGGACCCCUGGGCAAUGGAAUGAAAUCGACGAAAUAAUGGCACCUGCUCUUCUCGUCCAAAGAUUAUUUGGCCAACAAAUAUUGGACCCAGAUUGGAGUUUGAAGAAGCACGCAAGUCAUCAGCUGUUCACAAUUUUCCUAGUAAUCUACGUGAUCUGUGGCACUUUGGAUUUCCUUAAGACCACGACCGACCAGGGUCAAAUUGUGGAAGGAUAUUACACGUUAAUUAUAAUUUCAUCAUUCAUAGUCAAGUACCCCCUUUUCUUUGUGAACAGAAAACCGAUACAGAAGUCGUAUCUCAUAGCCAAAACCACACUAUUUGAUUUGAUCAGGGAAAAUGGAGAAAAAGCCCAAACUUUAUUGAAAUACUGCAGAAAUCUCAUCUUACUGCUGUUCAUAAUGAUCUUGCUUCCAUUUGUGUCUUAUAUAUUGACGGCCAUGUACUACUACGCGAUUCGUUCAAGGGUGACAUUAUCCAAAACGACUUCAAUACUGGUUCCUAUGACGUCACCGUUUUACGAAAUCGGAUUCUUGCUUCACGCAAUAUUCAUGUUCGAAAUAGCGUUUUUGCUGCUGGUGGUUGAUAUGUGGUUCGUUUUCUUUAUGUUCUUUUACUGCAUAGCUUGCGAUAGGCUCGUGGAAAUCUUGGAGGUCAAGAGAGAUGUAGGAGUUUAUGAGAUUGAACUGAAUAGAGCAUUGAAAAAGUUUUACAUUGCUCAUGAUAAUCAGAUGAAAUAUUUGAACAUUAUAAGUGCGAUUUACAAAUGGUCGACAUUGAUACCUUUAUGUACAGUAUUAGCGAGCAUAUGCAUAAUCAUGCUUCAAAUGACAGAGAAAAUCAACUGGAUCUUCGCUACUAAUACGGUACCGACUCUAGCCGAGAUCUUCGCUUACAAUUGGUUUGGGGAAAUGGUCAAGACAAAGGCUGAGAACGUCACAUUGGCAUUAUUGGAAUUCCACUGGACCGGUUUGCGUUAUAAAGACAAGAAGAACUACCAAAUUAUAAUAUGCUACACCAACAAGGCUUUUGGAAUUAGGACCGCAUUCGGAAACGAUCUGUCUAUGUCCACUAUGAGCGCUGUAUUCAAAGCCAGCUAUCAAGCGUUCGCGGUCAUGAAAUCGAUGCAAAAUUAAUCUGAACGCAAAAGCCGGUCGCACCCUGUAUAAUUGAAUUAGUUUUUUUUUGUGCAUAUUUUGGUUAACCGAAAUAUUCGAGGGAAUAUUCGCGCGUGUUUUAUGUACUUUUAGAACUACAGAUGCACUCAAACACGAUAGGGAAAUAGAAAUUCGUUUAAAUGCACGCUGGUGCAAUUGAAUAUACAGUAGGUAUACUGUCACCUCACGGAGACGUGGUGCAUGAAAAGCCGCGAUAUCAAAAAAAUCGAUGCCUUUGCGGAGGAUGCUACGAAUACCGUGGACUGCCAUGAGAACUAACCAGUCCAUUCUAAGGCAGCUAAACAUCCGAAAAAUGCUCUCAUCCAUCUGCCGGAAACGUGUAUGAGCUUCUUCGGACACAUCAUGCGGUCUCCCAGACAUCAAUUAAAGAAACUCACAAUUGCGGGUCGCAUAGAGGACAAGCGCGCCGUGGGCAGAAUACCAGCCAGAUAGCUCAAAUCUAGUAACAGAAGCACUUGGUGGUAGUCUGUACCAUGUGGUUCAUGCCACCCAUAAUCGAACAUAGUAGAAAAACGUCACAUAUAGUCGCAAUCCUCAAUAGUGAGGGAACAAUAUAGAAAAUACUGUCACCAAAAAUAACACCAAAAUAAUUCGAAAUGUCGGAUUUAAAAAAAACAGCACUCGAUCAAAUGGAUUUUAUUUAUUUAAAUCACAAACAUACUCUUCUAAACAAUGCUAAAGUUCUACAACUCUUGGUGACGAGAGUCGCUAACACUUUAUGCAUGCUUUUACUACGAAUCUACUAUAACAUAUCUUUUGUGAUAAGAUUUAGCGAGAAUAUUACGCUAAAGACAUCGACAUGACAAUACCCUUGAUAUUGUCAAACGCCAGCUGCGUUAUCCAAGGCAUUAAAAUAAACAAACACUGAACUUUACACGCGAUACGGAUGCAUAAGCAACAUUUUAUUUCUAAACCACUAACCCGUAAUGCCCCUCUUUUCGAUACAAGAGAAAAAUAAAUAUAAAAAUG